GCCGCGCAUCGCCGCUGCCGUCACCACCGCUGCCGCCGCCACCGCCGCCCUGCCGGGGCCAUGUUCGCCCUGGGCUUGCCCUUUCUGGUGCUCUUGGUGGCCUCGGUCGACAGCUGUCUGGGGGCUCUGGGGCCCAAGAACGUCUCGCAGAAGGACGCCGAGUUUGAGCGCACCUACGUGGACGAGGUCAACGGCGAGCUGGUCAACAUCUACACCUUCAACCACACUGUGACCCGCAACCGGACGGAGGGUGUACGUGUAUCUGUGAACGUCCUGAACAAGCAGAAGGGGGCUCCUUUGCUGUUCGUGGUCCGCCAGAAGGAGGCUGUGGUGUCCUUCCAGGUUCCCCUAAUCCUGCGAGGACUAUUUCAGCGCAAGUACCUCUACCAAAAGGUGGAAAGAACGCUGUGUCAGCCCCCCACCAAGAAUGAGUCUGAGGUCCAGUUCUUCUAUGUGGAUGUGUCCACCUUGUCACCAGUCAACACUACAUACCAGCUCCGGGUCAGCCGCAUGGAUGACUUUGUGCUCAGGACUGGGGAACAGUUUAGCUUCAAUACCACAGCAGCUCAGCCCCAGUACUUCAAGUAUGAGUUCCCUGAGGGAGUAGACUCGGUUAUUGUCAAGGUAACCUCCAACAAGGCCUUCCCCUGCUCUGUCAUCUCCAUCCAGGAUGUCCUGUGCCCCGUCUAUGACCUGGACAACAACGUGGCCUUCAUCGGCAUGUACCAGACAAUGACCAAGAAAGCAGCCAUCACUGUGCAGCGCAAAGACUUCCCCAGCAACAGCUUUUACGUGGUGGUGGUGGUGAAGACCGAAGACCAAGCCUGUGGGGGUGCCUUGCCUUUCUACCCCUUUAUAGAAGACUCUCCCAGGCCUGGUCCCACCAGCCCUAGCCAAGCUCCGGGUGACUACUUCUUUACCAAUUUGACAUUUCGCUUCCAGACGAACCGGUUGAUCAAGGGCAUCGCCAGAAAACCCUCUGAGGCCUAUGUCGAUGGUAUGCUCUUUUGUCUGGGCAUAUUUCUCUCCUUCUACCUGCUGACCAUCAUCCUAGCCUGUUGGGAGAAUUGGAGGCAGAAGAAGGCCUUGCUGGUGGCCAUGGACCGUGCCUGCCCAGAAAGUGGUCACCCACGGAUCUUGGCUGAUGCCUUCCCUGGUAGCUCCCCGUAUGAGGGUUACAACUAUGGCUCCUUUGAGAAUGGUUCCGGAUCCACUGAUGGUUUGGUUGACAGCACGGGCACUGGGGACCUGUCGUACAGUUACCAGGACCCAGUGGGCACACGGCCACGGCUAGACUCCAUGAGCUCUGUGGAAGAGGAUGACUACGACACACUGACCGACAUUGAUUCCGACAAGAAUGUCAUUCGCACCAAGCAAUACCUCUAUGUGGCUGACCUGGCACGGAAGGACAAACGUGUUCUGCGGAAAAAGUACCAGAUCUACUUCUGGAACAUCGCCACCAUUGCUGUCUUCUAUGCCCUUCCUGUGGUGCAGCUGGUGAUCACCUACCAGACGGUGGUGAAUGUCACAGGGAAUCAGGACAUCUGCUACUACAAUUUUCUCUGUGCUCACCCGCUGGGCAACCUCAGCGCCUUCAACAACAUUCUCAGCAACCUGGGCUACAUCCUGCUGGGGCUGCUCUUCCUGCUUAUCAUCCUGCAGCGGGAGAUCAAUCACAACAGGGCCCUGCUGCGCAAUGACCUCUACGCCCUGGAAUGUGGGAUCCCAAAACACUUUGGUCUGUUCUAUGCCAUGGGCACAGCCUUGAUGAUGGAGGGGCUGCUCAGUGCCUGCUAUCACGUCUGCCCCAACUACACCAAUUUCCAGUUUGACACAUCAUUCAUGUACAUGAUCGCUGGACUCUGCAUGCUGAAGCUCUACCAGAAGCGGCACCCAGACAUCAACGCCAGUGCCUACAGCGCCUAUGCUUGCUUGGCCAUCGUCAUCUUCUUCUCUGUGCUAGGCGUGGUCUUUGGCAAAGGGAACAUGGCGUUUUGGAUUGUCUUCUCAGUCAUUCACAUCAUUGCCACCCUGCUGCUCAGCACACAGCUCUAUUACAUGGGCCGCUGGAAGCUGGACUCGGGCAUCUUUCGCCGCAUCCUGCAUGUGCUCUACACGGACUGCAUCCGGCAGUGCAGCGGGCCCCUCUACGUGGACCGCAUGGUGCUGCUGGUUAUGGGCAACAUUAUCAACUGGUCACUGGCUGCCUAUGGGCUCAUCAUGCGCCCCAAUGACUUUGCCUCCUACUUGUUGGCCAUUGGCAUCUGCAACCUGCUUCUUUACUUUGCCUUCUACAUCAUCAUGAAGCUCCGGAGUGGGGAGCGGAUCAAGCCCAUCCCCCUGCUCUGUAUCAUCUGCACCUCCGUGGUCUGGGGCUUUGCCCUCUUCUUCUUCUUCCAGGGACUCAGCACUUGGCAGAAAACCCCCGCAGAGUCACGGGAGCACAAUCGGGACUGCAUCCUCCUUGACUUCUUCGAUGACCACGACAUCUGGCACUUCCUCUCUUCCAUCGCCAUGUUUGGAUCUUUCCUGGUGUUGCUGACGCUGGACGAUGACCUGGAUACUGUGCAGCGGGACAAGAUCUACGUCUUCUAGCGCAAGCUGGGUCCCUUGCGUCACCUCCUGGGGCCCUGAGCUCCUCUGCCUCACCUGCCUCUGUAGAGCUGGGGGUGUGAGUCCCAGCCUUGCUUCUCAGGGCUGGGUGGGAGCGGGACAGUCAUGGGGGUGGCCUUGAGCCUUGCCCUCUGUUGGGGAGGAGGCCUGCUCCCUUGAAACCCCAAACAAUGGCCAAAUUGCUGCUUUCUUCUCAGUGUUGGGGCUGUCCACAGAUCCCGGUCCGUUGGCUCUCCAUUUGUCCCUCUGCAGGAGGAAGGAGGGAAGGCGUUGCCCUCCCCAUUUCAUGCCUUGCAUUCUCCCCAUCCUUCCCCUCUCCCUCAGCCUGGGACCCUCAACCCUUUCUUCCUCCCAGGCUCCUGCUCUAGAGCCGCAGUCUGGGGCCUAGUUCUGUGUCCUGCACCAGGACCCCAGUUGGUGGAGCUGGACCUGGCUGCCAUCACUGCCCAUUCCAGUCAGCCAGGGUGGAUGAUGAUGUGGGACGUGGGGAGGCUGGCCAGCUGGUACCAGGUGCUUUUGGUGCUAAGGCCUGUGAGAGGCCCAAGGCAGUGCUGCCUCCUCUCUGAUCUGCACAUAGGGGCUGGCUCUUGAGCAGUGAGGGUCAGCCUGCAUUUCAGAGGUCACCUCCCCAUCCCAUUGGGCCCCCAGACUGAUGCUGGCACCAAGAUUGAAGGAAAAAGCAACUCACCCUUCCUUUCCUUUCCUUCUAGUCCCUGAGUCCUGCCAGGCCCCAUCUGGGGGCCUUUCAGUGCCACUGACACUGCCCAAGAAUGUCCAGGGGAAAAGGAGGGAGGGUACCAAGAGCUCCUCAGGCGAGUGAGCCCCAGUGUUGAUCUGAGAAAAGGGGCAAAGGAAGGGAUAUGCUUAUAACCAACCGUCUGUGUCCCCGGUCCCAGCCUCAGUCUGGGACCUGGGGCUGGCUACUGGGUUUCCGUCCAGUCUUCAGCCAAGUUCUGUGUUAGUUGCAGCACACGUACAUCCCCAUGAAACCUUGGAGUUUACACUGAGCUUCCCCCAGCUCUGGGCCCGUGGCUGCUCUUGUCCUUGGUUCCUGUUUACCCCACUGGUCCAUUCCAGAUGCCAAGGUUGGGGGAGGUGCAGGUCGAGCCUGUAUAUUGGGGUGUGUUUUAUUCGCCCAAACUUGUCUCCUGGAGCUGAGAGAGGGGGCGGGUCUGGAUCUUGUUUUCAGAACUCCGUUUAAUGUCUGUCUCUAUGCUACGGUUGUAUUUCUGUGAAUGAGUCUGCAUUCAAUUAAAGAAACAACCAGACACAGUCUUGGGCCCGUGUUUGCCCCCGCUUCGCGGGUGCGGGGAGAGAUGUUAAGAGCAGCGAGGGGUGAGGCCAGGGGGUCCUUCAUUUCCCAUUCCUUCUGGUCUGACUUUCUCUUUUCCAAACCAGGAUGACACUGGGAACAGCAGGUCUUUGAUUCCCGCUCUUUCCUCUCCUUUGAGCCCUGGCAUUAAUUCAGUAAAGAACGACCAGGGGUGUGCUCUGGGCCGGGCGCUGUGCUGGGCAGAGGUUAGUGGCGAAGAAGCCUUUCACCUCUGAAAUGGCCUCUCCACAUCCCUCUGCCCUCCUUGGUCCUCGAGCUCUCUCUCCUUCUCUCAGGCUGGCCUCACUUCUGACCUGAACCCCUCCCAGCCAGGCAGGCCACAGGCCGUGCUCCUGAUGCGGCUGAAUAGACAAUGAGCCUACCAGCCCGUGGCUGAGGGUAACAGAGAAGGGAGUGCUCGGGGAAUGCAAGAUGGGUGGAUGGAUGGCAGGCAGGUAGGCUCCGAGACAAGGGAAUUUUGAGAUGACCCUGGAAGGUUGAUUUUAGAUUUCAGCAGGCUAAAAAGGGCAAGAUUUGGAAGCCAAGGAAUCUGGUGAAUUCAGUACACGGCCAGAGGUCUGUGGGGUCCAGGAAUGGAAUUGGUGAUGGAGGGUGUUCCUUGUCCUCCCUGUUCUUCCCUUCAGGUGCCACUGGGAGGCAGUAUAGCUCUGGAGUAAGCUAGAGGCUGCCUGUGGUUGGCAGGGCUCUGGAGGCUGGCCACGCCCCUUGACUUUCCCUCUUCCCCAGGCCAAGUCUGGCUUGGGUGGGUGUGUGUGUGUGUGUGUGUGUGUGUGUGUUUUAUUCCUUCCUACCAGGCCACCCCAGGAUGGGGUGCCAGAGCAGGAAGCCCACAGACCUUAACCUUCUGCUGUCUGAGAUCCCUGAAUCUAGAUACAGGCAAUAUUUGAGUCAGGGCCUCUUUACUGGCAAUGAUGGGGUUUUCCAGGAUAAGUAAGGACUUUCUGUCCUAGAGAUAGGGAGGGAGAGACAAUACAGCCCCUUCCCUGAGCAUCCUACCCCAAUGAUAGUGCCUCAGGCCCUGCCAGGCCUUAGAGACUCUCUGUGUCACUGCCUCUGGAUAGGAGCCCGGAUUGACCCGAAGGAGGGUGACUCAGCUGGUGCUGAACCCAAUACCCACCCCCAACUAAAGAAUAAAACUCAAGACCCACCCCAAUGAAGCACUGCACAACCUGAGCAGGGUGAUGUGGCCGAAACAGUGGUCCUGACAGCCUCUCAGCUUCCACACAGGGAUCAGGUGGGGUGCCCAGGCCCUGCUUCUCAUGACUCACUGUGUGGCCUUGGGUACCACAGACGUCGAGCUUCAGUGUUCCUUAUCUGUAAAAUGGGGAUAGUAAUUACACCCUCACAAUGCAGCUGUAUUAACUAUUAAAGUACCUGGUGUAUGGUAAGCCCUCAGUAAAGGUUAGUUUCUAUCUCCCACCAGAACUAAGAGCCGAGGAAGGAGAAGGUAGCUUGUUUGCCCCCCACAGAUCUCAGGAUCCACCAUCCGCUAGCCCCUUUCCUCCUCUCUGGCCAGGCCCUCUUGAAUUUCCCCCUCCCCUCAAAGUCAGGGGCCAGGAACAGUGAAGAAAGAGCAGCCCUAACUUCAGACAGCAGGGAAAGCCUUGGUAGUCCUGUCCAUAAAAGGCUUUUCCCGGCCGGCUCCCCAUGGGCAGCGCAGCCCCGCCCCCGCCCGCUCCAUCUCCAAAGCACGCAGAGAAUGUCUCGGCAGCCCCCCGGCAGACUGCUCCAACUUGGUGUCUUUCCCCAAAUAUGGAGCCUGUGCGAGUCACU